UCCAUUCGUAUUCAGUUCCUUAAACAUACACUACCUAUCAACGACAGGUACAUAGCAGAUAUACACAAAUACAAGCAAUCAUGGGCACUUUUGACAAUGUCGAGCAGGCUCCUCCAGACGCCAUCUUCGCAGUGCUGAACGCUUUUAAGGCAGACACAGACUCGCGAAAGAUUAACCUCAGUGUGGGUGCGUAUAGAACCGAUGAGGGCACGCCAUGGGUAUUGCCUACAGUCGCAAAGGUUGAAGGAACACUCAAGAAUGUGAACCACGAGUAUCUGCCUAUUGAUGGUAACCCCGUGUACAACGCUGGUAUGCGCGACCUCGCCCUGGGCAAGGACUCGAUAGCAAUCAAAGAGGAACGUACUUGUGCCGUGCAAAUGCUCAGUGGCACCGGCGCGUUGCGCAUUGCCGCCGAGUUCAUCUCCAAGUUCCACCAAUCGAAGACUAUACUUGUAUCGACACCUACGUGGGGCAACCAUAAUGCUAUCUUCAAGCGUGCAAACUUGGAUAUAUUGCCAUACCGGUACUACAAGGCGGAGACUCGCGGACUUGACUUCGAAGGUAUGAUCGCUGAUCUGGAAGCAGCCCCCGAGCACUCCACUGUGCUGCUGCACGCUUGUGCGCACAACCCCACGGGAGUGGAUCCCACCAAUGAGCAAUGGGCCCAGAUUGCUGUGGUCAUGAAGCAGAAGGGCCAUUUCCCCUUGUUCGAUUGUGCAUACCAGGGUUUCAUGAGUGGCAACCUUGCCGAUGAUGCCUUUGCAAUCCGAUACUUUGUUGAGCAAGGGUUCGAGUGCCUCGUCUGCCAGUCGUGCUCGAAGAACUUCGGAUUAUACAACGAGCGUGCGGGAUGCUUAACGGCAGUCCUCAGCACAAAGGAGGCGGCGGCUGCUGUGCUGUCGCAGCUGAAGAUCCUUGUCCGUUCCUCGUACUCGAACCCACCCAACCAUGGAGCAGCCAUUGUAGCGAAUAUACUGAGCGAUGCCUCGUUAUAUAAGGACUGGGAGGACGAUCUGAACACCAUGAGUGGCCGUAUCCUCAGUAUGCGCCAGCAGUUGCACGAUGCUAUUGUGGCUAAAGGUGCUACUCAGGACUGGAGCCAUAUGUUGAAGCAAAGGGGCAUGUUCACGUUCACCGGACUGACACCGGCACAGGUUGAGCGCCUCACGUCCGAAUUCCACGUGUACCUACUCAAGAACGGGCGCAUCAAUAUGUGCGGCGUCAACAGUCACAACAUCGACUAUCUGGCCAACGCCAUUGUAGAGGUGACCAAAUAAAGACGGUAGCUGUCUUGUAGCACAGCACUCAUACUCGCAUGCAGGAUGGUUCAGAAGGGGAUGGUAUGACAAUCGGGUUUUAUUGAAUUUGAUGGCAAAUGCACAUGCCGUUUAGAUGUGGCUACCUCGUUAUUUUAGUCUCGUACAAGGCAGCAGCUGUAUAACAAUGGUAGAAAA